AUGUUCGCUAAAAUGUAAGUUUCUUUUAAAAAUGAACUGUUUCAAACAAAUAAAUUUUUUUCAGUAUCAUCUCAGCCUUCUUGAUCAUCGCCGCUUUGUUCGGAAGUGCUCAAUCACAAGUUGUCUACCCAUCAGUUUCCUACGCUGCCGCCGCAUACGCUUACGCUCCAUCAUACUAUCCAGCUUACUAUUCUGGAUAUGCUGCCGCUCCAGCUUAUGCUUAUGCAUGGGGAUCAAACAAAGGAAAAACUGACGAUGCUGCUCCAGCUGCUUCAGCCACAUCUUCUUUGACAAACAACAACUAA